GUCCGGACGCGCACCAGACCCGUGAAGGUCCGCGCGGCGUUUGGAGGAAAUUCUUGUCCGAGCACUGUGAGUGAGAUGGACCAGUAUGAAGAGACCGAAAUCUGUCAGAAAGACACCGACGUUCCGCCCUGUCCGAUCGACUGCGUAGUCGCGGAUCAGUGGACACUGGUGGAUCCAAGCGCUACCUGCUCGACCACUUGUGGUGCCGAUAUGCAAUACAACUUUCCCGUGCACGACGUACAAAAUGCAUCACAAAUCUCGCCUAGCUAGACCAUAUGCCACUUGUCAUGCUGAACACGAUUGAGGGAACGUUUUGUCAUGCAGAAGCUGCAUUUAUCUUUGUACGUGAACGUCGUGUACGGGAGAAUUUUUUCUGUCAAUAGCCGACGGCGUUGUCGAACAGGAGAGGAAAACGCUCGUUGCCCCGCAAUUCGAGAAUGCAUUAGAAUGCCCAGCGGAGGAGGACUUGAAGCGAAGUGUGAAGUUAUGAGAGUGUACAACUCCCCCUCGUCCCCCUUAUUUGUCAUGCAAAGUACCGAAUCCAAUUGCUGCCUUGUGGCACUGUUUGCAUGACAAAUUCCCGAAGCCCAACCAGUACUACACUAGGCACGUGAACUUGUCAUGCACCGGCCCCACCUGUGCUGGUGUUUGUAUUGCUGUUCAUGCCAUACAAAUGAGGGGGAGGGGGAGUUGUGCACUCUCAUACAAGUGCAACAGUCCGAAUUCGUUACUACCGGAGCAAUAUCAAAUGUAAAAAUGUCUGGGUCUGCAAGAAUCCGAACUUGUGAUGCUGCAUUUGGAUUCCAAAAAAAUCUGCAUUGCAUGAGUACCAAAGGGAAUGCAAUUUCUGCUACGCUGAGAAGGCAUUUGUCAUGCGGAAUAGGCAUCAAGAAGCCCUCCAAAAAUCUGUAUUGCUAGGGUAUGCAUCACAGACAUCAUGGCUCAUGCAAAACGUGCAUGACAAGUGUCAGAAUCUUCCAGACCCAGACAUUUUUACAUUUGAUAAGCAAACAGAUCCGGAAACAAACGACGUGAUUCCAUACAACUUACCCUGUCCAAUAGACUGUGUGUUGCACGAAUGGGCGGAUGACAUUUACCACACUUGUGACCAAAAGACCUGCUGGACGGCGGCGGAGCAGGAAGCGCGAACAGCGGGUGAAAACAGCACAAACAGCACAUCCUCUUCCUCCCAACUGACGAAGCACCAGCACCGCGCCAUCAAAGUCAACGGGCAGUUUGGCGGGGUCGAGUGUCCUAUCAAAUGCCAAAGUGUCUGGGUCUGGAAGAAUGCGAGCUGUGUCAUGCUAGUCUGGCACGACUCUUAAAUCUGUCAUGCACGACGUUACCCAAGAGCCCCAUUUUGCUGUCAUGCAGAAACGCAGUUUGUCAUGCAGAAUAGGCAACACCAAGAAGCUCAAAAGCUUGUCAUGCUGAGCCAGCACUUGUGGCCUCUUCAUGAUACGCCACCCAGCAUCACAAGUUUCCAGACCCAGACAUUUUUACAAUCCAUAUGCCCGGCCGCGGAUUCGGAAGAACGGGAGAGAAUUGUGGACUGCGACUUGGACCACUUGCCCAUAUGCAUUGCAAAUAUGUCUGGGUCUGGAAGAGUCUAACUUGUCAUGCUAUAUCUGGAUCGUGGAAAAAUUUGUGUUGCAUGAUUACCAAAAGAGGUCCACUUUUGAACAAGUUUAGGGGCAGGUUCUCAUGCAGGAAAGGCAUGAUAGAGAUCUGACAGAACCUGUCAUGCUAGGCCGUGCAUGCCAGACCGCGUGGGUCAUGGAAACCCUGCAUGACAAGCCUAGCACUCUUCCAGACCCAGACAUUUUUGCAUUUGAUAGCCCACCUGUCCAAUCGAUUGCGUCUUGUCGAAUUGGCACGACGAACCAAAUGCCGUGUGUUCCGCGACCUGCGGCCCCACCGGGCGGUAUCGGCGGGUGCGGGAAAUUUUGGUACAGCCACAGGGGGAACUGGCGAAAACGUGUUUAUAUGCACUGCAAAAGGAUCGCUCUCGUACUAAUUGCAAUAAAUGCAUGACAAAUCGCCCGUCUUAGACAGAUCAGCAUUACAAAUUUCAUAGUCUUGUUUGGGAAAAAAUUGUAUAUUCGAUUCAUACUUAGUACGGUGCUUUUGCAAGGCAUAGCUUGGAAGUAGCCCCCACGACAACCUCCACUAGUUCCACUUCAGCGGAGGUGGUUGUGCCGACCCCGAGCCCUGGAGGAAGUAGUAGUACCACCGGCAACCCUCUUUUCCCGACCCCGAGUCCGAGUCCGAGUGGGGGCGGAAUUCCAGUAUUUCCGAAUCCGACUCCGGGUGGGGGCGGAUUUCCGGUAAUCCCAACUCCUGGACCUGCCAGCACCCUUUUUCCCGGUCAGCCCGUCACCACGUAUCCUGAGUAAAAACGUCCCGACCCUAGAGUUGUCAUGCAAAUCUGCAUGCCUAAAAACAUUUUAAAAAUGUUUCUCAUGCGCAACCCCAUGAGCAGCGCGACUUUCUCACACUGUCUGGUACUUUGUCAUGCGCUAGUCAGGAUAGGGAGCUGGAUUUGUGAUGCGACUUUACUAGCCAAUAAACACCACUACACUAGAGACCCAAACUUGUCAUGCGCAACAGCCAAAACUUGCUAACUUGUGUAGCACGAAUCCCAUCUUGACUCUUGGGUGGGGACGUUUUUACACACGAGACCACGCCACCACCCUUCACGUGGGCGCCCGCGUUCCCCGUUGUUACAACGCAAGCACCAGUAUGACAGUGCACAACCUCCCCUCCCCCUCAUUUGUAUGGCAUGAACAGCAACACAAGCAACAGCAGAAAAGGGGCUUUCGCAUGACAAAUCUUCAUGCGGAUUGUUGUACUUCUUGACGUUCCAAAAUUUGUCAUGCUAGCAGUGCUUACGAGCAAGAUAGGAAUUUGGUACUUUGCAUGACAAAUGAGGGGGAGUGGGAGUUGUGCACUGUCAUAACCCGGCGGGGGAAUUCCGCAGCCCGAAGCGCCCCCCGUGCGAACCACGCCACCGGCGAACACGUGGACGCCAGUGGAGACGCUUUCGACGUUCCCGCCGAUUCCGCAGCCGGAAGGACCCCCGCCGGUUAACACGCCAGCGCCGUUCACAUGGACGCCAUCUUUUCUACAGCUGGAAGCUUUGAUGUCUCGCCGCGACGAUCCAGCUGCUUCGACGGUGUGGUUGGAAGAACUCGUCCCCUGUAACACGGAGAUCCAGUGCGAAACAGAUGUCGACGGAGGUGGUGGUCUCACCAUUUCCCCCACGCCUGACCAGACUAACGGAACAACUUCGGGGGGGGGAGAUGAUGAUGCAGGCGGUACAAAUACAUCUCAAACUCCCCUGUCUAAUUCAGCGACGAAAGGACCGGAGGCCCAGCAGCAGCAAGUGUCGGAAAUCGUGUUUAGCAACGACAUAUCAAAUGGAAAUAUGUCCGGGUCUGGGAGGAUGCGAGGUUUGUCAUGCUUGUCUGGUAUAACUGAAGAGUUUGUGAUGCGUGUCCAAGAAGAGACCCUUUUUCUUGUCAGGCAGAAAUAACGCAGAUUGUCAUGCGGAAACUGCAACGCUAAGCAGCGCAGAUAUUUCUCAUGCUUGGCUGUGCAUUAGUACAGAGCAUUCACUAUUCCCAACCCAGCAUUACAAGUUUCCAGACCCAGAUAUGUUUGCAGUUGAUACGACACCAGGGGCUUGGAAGAGGGCGGUGAAGAAGAGGGCACAGAAGAUGAGUCGAACACUAUCAAAAGAAAAAAUCCCCCCUCCUCAUAUCAAAAUGAAGUUUAUCAUGCUGGAUUUGCGUACACAAAUCAGAUUUGUCUUGCUGGCGAGGACUGCAGGCCCAGAUGAAGCCUGAGUAGACAGGUUUUGGCCUAGGCACUUAGCAUGACGCACGUCUACGCUGUAGGAGCAACAGCAUGACAAACCGCCUGUAGAAUGCGGCGGAGCCUGUAGAGUUGCCGCCAUGCAACACAGAGCCGAUUUGUGGUCACAAAUCAGCUAUACAAAUUUUCGAAAUGCACGUACCUGGUCAAUAUGGGGAGGGGGGAUUUUUCCUCGCGAUAAACACGGCCCUCGACGCCGAUGACACCGAAUGCAACCCUAUCCUGUGUUAAAACGUCCCCACCUCAUAGUCGGGAUUGGAAAUCUGCUAGACAAAUCAGCCAGCUUUGGUUGUUGCGCAUGACGCGUUUGGCCUUGUAGUGUCUGUCAUCCUGUUGAGGUAGUUAAGAAGCAGCACAGAUCUAGCAUAUCGUGCUGACUAUAGCAUCACAAAUUCCAAAACGCGACUAGGGAAUGCUUGUCAUGGGGCUCCGCAUGAGAAACAUUCUGGGCAUGCAAAAUUGCAUGACAACUAUGUUGCGGCUGGGACGUUUUUACACAGGAUAAACCCGGUGCUGAUUCUCGUCGCACUUUUAGUGAUUGGGCUACUCGCCCUCGCUGGUGUCUACUUUAUGUUCAAGGAAUUCUUCUUUCCAUCGUCUUCAUCUCCAACUGCUGCGCCAUCAAACGCUUCGCCGCGAUCCUCCGGACAAGACGCUCAAAAGAAAAACAAGAAGCGACUACCAGGAAGGCAGGAGAAGGCGGCCAAUUUGCAGGCGGAAUCUUUACUCGCCGGACAAACCGCCGUGCCAGAGAAAGCGCUUCUGUCCGCGGGCUUUUCCUAUCAAAUGCAAAAAUGUCUGGGUCUGCAAGGUUGGAACUUGUCAUGCUAAAUCUGAAUCACGCAAAAACCUGUGUUGCAUGAUUACCAAACGCUGCCCACUCUUGAUCAAGUCGAGAGGUAGUUUCUCAUGCGGGAUAGGCAUGAUAGUGAUCUCACGGAACCUUUCAUGCUAGGUCCUCCAUUACAGAUCAUAUGGGUCAUGGAAAACCUGCAUGACAAGGCAAGCAAAGUUCCAGACCCAAACAUUUUUGCAGUUGAUAUUUCCCCCGGCUACGCCAAAAAGGCUGCGAAACAGAUCGCGAAAGCCGACGAACUACCAAAAGAUGCUACAUUAAGUAAGCCGGACAGCGACGCGGAUAGGAAACUGUUAAAAAAAUUGCACAAGAAGAUCAACAAACAAAAGAUCAAAGACGCGGAAGAAGCCGGGGAAGAAGAGGUAUCGAAUGUAAAAGUGUCUGGGUCUGGAAGAAUGCAACUUGUCAUGCUAAAUCUGCAGCAUACAAAAAGCUGUGUUGCAUGAUUACCAAAAGUCGUCCAGUUUUGACCAAGUCGGGAGGCAGUUUCUCAUGAAGGAUAGGCAUUAGAAAGGUCUCGCAGAAUCUGUCAUGCUAGCUCCGGCAUUCCAGACCUCAUGGGUCAUGGAAAAGCAGCAUGACAAAUCGCGCAUUCUUCCAGACCCAGACAUUUUUACACUUGAUAGGAGGUGGAGAUAAGCAAAACGCCGACUAUUUCCGAGGUGAAACAUUACCUCGCGGAAAAAGUGAAGGAGCAACUCGGCCAGGAUUUUCUCUUAGAAGCGACGGAGAAGGUAGAGAAAUUAGACGUCGCAACAAUGUAUCAAUUGCAAAAAUGUCUGGGUCUGAAAGGUUGGAGCUUGUGAUGCUAACUCUGGACUCUAAAAAAAUCUGUGUUGCAUGAUCAGCAAGAGGAGUCUAGUUUGUGCUACGCGGGGAGGGGCAUACAUUUGUCAUGCGGAUGAGGCAGCAGGAAGCCCUCCAAAAAUCCGUGAUGCUAGGUCAUGCAUUACAAACAGCCUGGGUCAUGCAAAAUAUGCAUGACAAACACAAACCCGGCAACAUUCCAGACCCAGACAUUUUUGCAUUUGAUACAAUGGAAAAAAUGCUCCUCUCCCAGGGGUUCAGUCCGGGUACAGCGAAAAAGCUCGCUCCGAUUAUGACCUGCUCAAACGUUACAAUCUCAAACGUUACAAUAGAGUUUGGAUUUUGUGUUGCAUGACGAGCAUGACAGACUCGGACAGCAUUCCACUUUCUGCAAGACAGAUUUAUUCGCCAGAUUGCAGUGCGGUUUGGGACUCCGGAACUUGUCAUGCGCAACCCGAUGAGACUUGACUACAUAAUGCACCUCCUGCAUCUUCACAGAUUUCGAUAUUCUAUUGUAAGGUUUGAGAUCAUUGUAACACCUGAGCAGGUUAUACCGAUUAUUCAGGAAAAAAUGGUGGUGAAGGAGAAGGACAAGGUAGAAAAGCCGAGGUCUUCUGCCGCUUUGGCCGAGGGCGUUCCGGAAGAGGCCGGUGCGUAUCAAAAGUAAAAAUGUCUGGGUCUGGAAAAGUGUAAACUUGUCAUGCAGAUUUUCCAUGAUCCAUGAGGUCUGGAAUGCGGGACUUAGCAUGACAGACUCUGCGAGGUCUCUGCCAUGCCUAUCCUGCAUGACAAACUCCCUUCCAACUUGGUCAAAAGUGGACAGCUUUUGGCACUCAUGCAACACAGAUUUUUGCAUGCUUCAGUUUUACCAUGACAAGUUGCAUUCUUCCAGACCCAGACAUUUUUACACUUGAUAGUGCGGUCGCCGGGGAGCACGAAGUCGUCGUCGCGCCGCUUUUAUCCUUUGCAAAAGUAUUAGUAGUAAUUGCAUUUAUGCAUUACAAAUCUUUUUCGCAAGGUAAAUCCGCAUCACAAAUUUUAUCUCUCAUGCUGAGGAAAUUUGUAAUGCAUUUUUAUACAAGAGUAUCGGAUACUACUUUUGCAGUUCAUAGCUUUUCACCCCUGCGGAGAUUAUGAAUGUGAAAAAAUCGAUCUGGGACAGGAAGAUAAUUCUGAGACUUGUCAUAGUCAUACACGUUUAUUUGCAUGAGCAGCCAUGACGUGGUCUGUGAUGCAUGCCCUAGCAUCUACUUCACAGUUUUUUUGAGGGAUUCUCGAUACCUAUUUUUCCGCAUGUUGACAAAUGCCCCUACUGCCGCGUAGCAAAAAUGAGAAUUUUCCUUUUGCUGGUCAUGCAACACAAAUUUUUUAGACAUCCAAAUGCAGCAUCACAAGUUGCAUUCUUCCAGGGAUUUUUGCAAUCCAUACAGAUUGCGAGUCUGCAAUUAGAGGGCCAGGAUAAGGCGUUGUUCGAGCAGAACUUCGGAAUCGACACCGUAAAUCCGGAAAGCUUCGGGCAGCUGGAGGGCGCGAGUGACAAACUCGCUUUUUUCCUAGAGGAAAAGCUCGGGUCGAAGUACAAGGAGAUUUCCGAUGGCAAUACCGACGAGAUGCUGCAUGUAUCCUGUGCAAAAUUAUCGUACUCGUAUUGCAAUCAUGCAUUACAAAUUUUAUUCUGAAGCUAAAUCCGCAAUACAAAUUUCAUUUCUUAUGCUGAGGAAAUUUGUAAUGCUAAUGCAUUUAUACGGUUACGAUACAACUUUUGCAAUGCAUAGCAUGAUAUGGAGAAAGUCUUCACCGACGCUGGGUUUUCCGACGCGGUAGCGCACCACUUGGCGGAAAAAGCGAAAGAGGACUUGCUCCACUCCGCGGUGUCCAUCGGAAAAAACAUCGACUUGGGAAAGGUGGACAGAUCGGACGAAAUCUAUCAAUUGCAACCAUGUCUGGGUCUGGGACAUUGCGAGAGUUUUCAUGCUAGUUCGGCAUGACUCUGAACUCUGUGCUGCGUGGCCGCGAAGAGCUCCUCUGGUCUGUCAUGCAAAAACGCAGUUUCUCAUGCGAAGUACGCAACUCCGAACCACGAAAAAACUUGUCAUGGUCGGCAGCGCAUUACAGUGUGCUCACUAUUCCCUUUCUUGCAUCACAAGUUUCCAGACCCAGACAUUUUUGCAAUGCAUAAAAUCUUGCUUUUGACGAAAACGGAAAUGAAACAGAUCGAGGCGGUGACGGGCCGGAAUUCGUGGGCACAGAUAUUACAAUGAAAAAUGCCCCCACCCCCGAACUUGGGAGCAUUUGUAUUGCAAACCUUUCCAAAUGAAACAUUCGCCCUCUUGCAUCUAUCAGCAUCACAGGUUUCCAAUCGUAAAUAGCAAAAAAUUGUAUUGCAAAAGUCCCCAGCAAGAGAUGCGCUUGUCAUGCAAGCGACGCGAUACACCCCUAGACUCUGCAUCAGAAAGAUUCAUACUCCUUUCAUGCAUGACAAAAAGUUUUCAUUUGGAAACUCCGCAUCACAAAUUUUUGCAAUUUCAGGGGUGGGGGACACUUUUCACUGUAAUAACAGAAGGACGGCGUCGAGGCCGAGCACCGCGACACUCUAGAAGCGAAUUUCAAGCUGCUGGAAGAGCACUUUCUUUUCGACGACGCGCAGGAAGAACUGGCGAUGGAUAUGGUGAGAAAAAACGUCUGCGCCCCAGAGUCAAGAUGGCAAAUCUGCUACACAAAUCAACCAGCUUUUGCAGUUGCGCAUCAGAAAUUUGGGCUCGCAAUGUAAGUAGUCGUGUUUCGCUAGUGAAGCAGCAUCACAGAUGUAGCACACCAUGCGGAUAUGAGCAUCACAAAUCGCAAAACACCAACAGAAACGGCUUCUCAUGGGUCUCCGCAUGAGAAACAUUUCCAGCAUGCAGAUUUGCAUUACAACUCUGGGGUGGGGACGUUUUUACAAAUGAUAAUGGAACGAACUAGCACCGCGUCACCGGUGCUCGACUCGAAGAACAGCUCAGCGCAAAAUAAAUUGAACUCUUCGGCCAGUGGUCAGCACCAGCAGCACCCCUCGGAUGUGCGCACCCUGAUCGCGCAGGACCUGCGGGAGAAAUACAAUGCUAUGGAUCCCGAUACGCAUAUCCUAUGUAAAAACGUCCCCACCCCAUAGUCAAGAUGGGCACUCGGCUAGACAAAUCCGCAAGUUUUGGAUGUUUUGCAUGACAAAUUUUGACUCGUAGUGUAGUGCUGUUUGAGCUAGCUCAGCAGCAUCACAGAUCUAAUGCAUCAUGCUGAUUGGAGCAUGACAAAUUCCAAAACACGACUAGAAAAUGCUUCUCAUGGUGCUCCGCAUGAGAAACAUUUUCAGCGUGCAGAUUUGCAUGACAACUCUGGUGUGGGGACGUUUUUCCUCAGGAUAACGCAGAAGUCACAGAUGACCCCGGAAAAUAUCCGUGCGGACAUUGCAGACUAUCCUGUGCAAAAGUAUCGUACUCGUAUUGCAAUCAUGCAUUACAAAUUUUUUUCUUAACCUUAAUCAGCAUUACAAAUUUUAUUUAUCAUGCUGAGGAAAUUUGUGAUGCAUUUAUACGAGUACGAUACUUUUGCAGUUCAUACAGAUGCGUUGGUGACGAAAGUCGGGUUUUCCAAGAAUUUCGUGGAAAAAGCGAAUUUAGCGGAGAAGCUGGAACAGAAACUCCACACGGAUUUGGUGACAAAAUCUGGGGAAAAGAUGAGUAAAAUGCUCGCAAGCGACUUUGACGACAUGUGGGAUCAUGAUCAGGACGACCUGAACAUGCACAUUUACCAGUCUGUCAAGGAAAAGCCUGCAGAAGUGCGGAACCUAAUCGCGGAAGAGCUGAAAGAAAAGUACUCAACCCUGGAUCCCGAAACGCAGAAACUGCAAAUGACACCCGAGAACAUCCGCGCAGAUAUCGAGACCGCGUUGGUGACGAAGCUCGGCUUCUCGAAGAAUUUUGUGAAAAAGGCGAAGAUAGCGGAAAAGAUGGAACAGAAAAUGAACACCGAUUUGUUGGUGACCACAAAGGACGGGCAGCCGCAACGAACGAGUCAGAUGUUCGCGCCAGAUUUUGACGACCUGUGGGACCACGACGAGCUGAACAUGCACAUUUACCAAACCGGUGGGAAAAAAUCUCCAGAGCAACAGCCCGGAAGCAGUGGGACGACAAAGUCAGAAUUGUCCCCCGGUAGUUAUCAAAUGCAAAAAUGUCUGGGUCUGGAAGGUUGGAUAACUUGUGAUGCUAACUCUGGACUCUAAAAAAAUCUGUAUUGCAUGACCAGCAAGACGAGGAGUCUAGUUUGUGCUACGCGGGGCGGGCCUUUGUCAUGCGGAGUAGGCAUCAGGAAGCCCUCUAAAAAUCUGUGAGGCUACGUCGUGCAUUACAGACAUCCUGGGCCAUACAAAAUAUGCAUGACAAACCAGACAACAUUCCAGACCCAGACAUUUUUACAUUUGAUAGUAGUGGUGCCGCCGACGCCCAACCUCUCCUCGGCGCGGAAACGAUCGGGGGGGAGACCAGUUUCGGGAAAGUGGAGACAUUGAACGUGAUUCAGGGGUUUACCAUGAUGAAACCGCUGAAAAUAACCGCGCAGGAUUUGGAGGGCAGAAAUUGGACGGAAAAGGACAAAAAAUUGUUGCAGAAAAAUUUCCUGAAGAAAACCAAGAUGGUGCACGACAUGGAGAAGAAAAUGCACGAGAAAGCCAUGGACAAGGUCCGAGAAAAGCUCACGAUCAAUCUCCAAGACGAUUUUGAAGGGGAGGCAGAGGCAGACGAUUUCGACGAGGGGGAAAGCGACCUUAGCAGCGCGGAAGAAAGCGAACAGUCUGAUGCGCCGGUGGAAAUUGCGGUAGACAGCGAAGGGGGCGAAUCUUCGGCCGCCGAACCACUGCUGGGGAGCAACAACAGCGUCGAGAAAAAAAAGAAGAAGAAGGACAAACUCUUGAAGAAAAACAAAAAAGCUGCUGGUGAUCAUCCGAAAAAGAAGAAAAAAAUCGGGGAUUCAUCUGCAAGUGCCGAGAACAAAAGUGCAGCUCAUGAGGAAGCGGACAACGCGGCAGUAGGAGAAGAGGCAGAACAAGUUGUUACCAUCGAAGCUGCAUCUCUCCCGGGAGAGAAGACGGCAGGAGUAAGCGACAUGUACGACGAGAUGUUCGAUGAUCAAUCCUCCGCGCCGCUGCCCGACAGUAGGACCACCGACCCCCAGCCCGCUUCUCUUUCCGCCGAACAGCUCCACCAGGCGUUUGAGGCCGAAGCCAGGCAAGCUCUAGAAUCCAUCGGCUUCCAGAAAGCCACCGCGACCAAGAUUGCGAAGCAGCUGGUGGCGACUGGAGCCGACUUAUCCACUGCAAAUGUUUCUGCGUCUGGAGUUAGGUGAAACUUGUGACGCUGUCUCUGGAUUCAAAAAACAACUGUAUUUUUGCAUGACCAGCAAGAGGAGUCCAGUUUGUGCUACGCGCAGUGGGCAUUUCUCAUGCGGAAUAGGCAUCAGGAAGCCCUAUAAAAAUCUGUGAUGCUAGGUCACGCAUUACAGGCACCACGGCUCAUGCGAAAUAUGCAUGACAAACCUGCCAUCAAUCUUCCAGACCCAGAUGACAUGUUUGCAAUGCAUAAGACUUAGGUGUGGACAAAAUGGAACUCGGCGAGGCGGAGAUAAUCACCGCGACGCAGGGCUUCCAAAAAGUGGCGGGGAAUAAAAAGAAGAACAUCAAGAUAGAAAAUCUCCAGGAUUUAGCUACUGAAUUAAUCUCCUGCAGACCGGAGAUCUUUGUCAAGUCUUUAUCCCCCACCUCCUUCGCCGCCUUCGAGCACGACAAGCAGGCAGGAACCGUGAUGAGCAUCUUGCAGUUAUCCUGAGUAAAAACGUACCCACACCAGAGUCAGGAUGGGGAUUUUGCAACACAAACCUAGGAGUUUUGUGAGUCACGCAUGACAAGUUGCACUCUGCAGUGUAGUGCAGCUUAGCAAGUGCAGCCGCGUCACAGAUUUAUCUGCUCAUCCUGUUCACAGCAUCACAAAUUCCAAAACACGACUGGAAAUGGCUCUCAUGGAGAUGCGCAUUACAAGUCUUCCUGUCUUUGCAAAUCUGCAUUACAACUCUGGUGUGGGUACGUUUUUACUCAGGAUAGCAGUCCUGCAUGCUGCAGUCGGGGCUGCACGGGGGAGCAGGUUUAUCGCAAGAAAAAACUGUUUCACUGUAAACUUGUAAUGCAGAAAGUGUAUCUCAGAAGUGUUUGUCUUGCGUCACAGGCAAGACAGGCGAUUUUUAGCUGUGUUUUCCCUUGGGAUGAACCUCGCAUGGUAAGUUUUCCCUGUCGUGUAGUAGAGCAAACUUGUGAUGCAAAACUUGCAAAAUGCUUACAGUGAAACACUUUUUUCGUACGAUAAGGUUUGAGCGACGGCAUGACGGCGUACGAAGCCCCUGCUCCAGCUGAAACCGCCGCGGAAAAAAAGAAGAGGAUUAAGAACCAGGUCGCGGCGCAGAAAGUGAAAGCGGGUCAACAAGAAAAAUCUGCAAAUGAGGAAGAGUCCUCAGUGGCGUCUUCGACCAAAUCGACUAAAUCGAAGACGAAAAGUGGAACAUCCAAGUCCGGGAAAACGACGAAGACGAAAACGGCUUCGUCCGCCAAAUCGAAAACCAAGACAAAAACGGGUUCCAAGAAGUGAACUGGUUGAGAAGUUUUUAAACCUUUGAAGAUACUUCGUGCUAGUACCACAGACAGAUUGCAUUUUUCAUCUCAAUAUACACAUACAAUUUUUUAUUCGCAGAUACUGACUUACUACACUUUUGACAAUUUUAACUUACUUGACAGAUAUUCGAAGAAAUUCUAUCCCGUUUCACUUUUGACAGAUGCAAAUUACCUUUUCAGAUUUUAGCCAAGGACAAACCGAGAAUUGCUUCCACGUUUCACAAGGCACAGUUUUUGUACAGUUCGGAGGUACUCGAGUUUCACUCUCAGAAAAACACAUGUGUACUGUUUUAGCAAAAAACUAUCGAAGGUUUCUUUUUGUAAUACGGAAAUUGAAACAACACGACUAGAAGUCAGGUUACUAUUUCCACAAGCACACUCUGAAUUUUCCAAAAAUUAUCCAACUUUUGAUCUGCCUGUACAAUGUAGUUUCGCUUUGACAGCGUGGUAAUAGAAGAAAGGUUCGUUUUAUUUCCGCCACAGACACAAUUCUUCCCGACAGUAGUAGCAUUUUCAACGACAGAAAGAGGCUGAGGUUCUUCUUCCAAUCGCCUGCUAAGUAGUAAUCGCGUAAAUUUAAAUUUUAUCAACGGAACAAUUUCAACAUCAUACACCUUAUGGUUUUGUCUUAAACUUUCGAUAUCAGUUUUGUUACGAAGAACUUGAUUAUGUAUACGCCUUGUCCACUUCUUUUUCGACUACAACAUGUAAAUUAUCGCUUUUGAACAAGAUGAACGUACUUACAAAGUUGCAGAGAUAGUUUUUCGUUUUAGAUUUGGUGACCAUAAAUGCAGCAGUACUGGUAGACCACUUGCACAGAAUGUUUGAACAACAAAAA